AUGGUGGGCUGGUAUCGAAGGUUUAUUCCGCGGUUUGCAUCUAUCGCUAAACCAAUGUAUAACCUCUUGGAGGGUGACAAAGCCUUUCGAUGGUCACACGAAUGUGAAAUCGCUUUCAGCACUCUGAAAGAGAUGUUGAUUUCUAAUACAGUUCUGAGUCAUCCACAUCCAGAUAGAACGUAUGUUCUUACAACAGAUGCUUCCAUGGUCGGGAUAGGAGCAGAAUUAGCUCAGCAGACGCCAGAAGGAAUAAGACCAGUUGCCUAUUUCAGCAAGACACUUUCCAAAUCAGAAAGGAAGUAUUCCGUAUAUGACAAAGAAUUUCUCGCCAUUGUGAUGGCUGUCCGUCAUUUUCGCCAUCAUCUUAUAGGAACUAAGUUUUGUUUGAGAACUGACCAUCGUCCAUUACAGUUUUUGGCCAAUACCAAAGACCCCUGGAGUAAACGUGCUAGAUGGAUUAUGGAAUUGGAAGAAUAUUCAUUUACUGUAGAAUAUAUAACUAGUCGAGAAAACGUUGUGGCCGAUGCUCUAAGUCGACUUGAAUACGAGAAAACCCUGAACUUCGACGAAUCCGAGAAAAUAGGUCAGAACAAUAACCCUCCCAACCCAAUCGCCGCAUUUCGACUUCCGGAAGCUGCAACGUUAGUAGCCAGUAUAAGAGACGACUGGUCUAUGGAAGAAUCUAUGAAGGCACAACAGAGAGACCCACUGUUAAUGGAAAUCAGCGAUAUUGUGGGUAGGGACCAAGUUGGCCCACUUGUUGAUAUGAAAAAUCAAUCAAUGGUGGUAAAGAAAGGAACAGGCAAAUGGACAGCCAUCCCUUCACUUGGCUUGGGCAUUCCUGUCACACUGAUCGGUGAGUCCGUGUUUGCACGUUGCCUUUCCUCUUUGAAAGACGAGACAGUAACAGCUAGCAAGAGCUUGAAAGGGCCGAGUACGACCAAAUAUGAAGGUGACAAAAAGGAAAUGCUGGAGCACAUCAGACAGGCUCUGUAUGCAUCCAAGAUUAUCUCGUAUGCCCAGGGCUUCAUGCUGCUGAGAGAAGCGGCAAAGGAAUACAAUUGGACACUCAACUAUGGAUCAAUUGCUCUCAUGUGGAGAGGUGGCUGCAUCAUUAGAAGUGUAUUCCUUGGCAACAUCAAGGAAGCAUUUGACAAGAAUCCUGGUCUCACUAAUCUUUUGUUAGAUGACUUCUUCAAAGAUGCUAUUCAUCGCAGCCAGGCAUCAUGGCGUAAAGUCUGUGCAAUGGCUGUCACUCUUGGUAUCCCCACUCCAUGCUUCAGCACUGCUCUCGCCUUUUACGAUGGCUACAGAUCAGGCAGCUUGCCAGCUAAUCUCAUCCAGGCACAGAGAGAUUACUUUGGUGCUCACACGUAUGAGCUGCUCUCCAAACCCGGUCAAUUCAUCCACACCAACUGGACCGGCCACGGUGGUUCUGUCUCGUCGUCCACUUACACUGCCUGAUUGGUCAAGUGUAGCCAUUGAUAUCAACAUUUGUGUUUCAGUUGCAGUGAUGCUAUUGUGAUCUUGACAGCAUGAGAUUGUAUGUUGCUGUCAUUUUAGCUCAAAUGGAUGUCUGUCUGAUAUCAUUUACUCCCAACAGUUGUAUUGCUUGUUCUGAUGAAUUAGGUGCAGUACAAGCAAGUUGUUCUCCUUGUUCUCAUUGAUUUUAAGUUUGAUAUUAAUAAUCAUUACUGAUUGAC